GCAGCUUGCAACCUUCUGGUAUCUCCAUGGGGUGUCUCCCACACACGCCUUCCUAAGAUAUAAAACUGGAUCAAGGCACGGCCCUCUUCAGCACAUCUGAUUCCUUGGAGCAGCAAAAAUACUGGCGUGGGAUUCUCCGAGCCACUUGGUGGGGAUUACCCAGAGGCCACGAGGAACCGACUGCCGUAGCCCAGCCAGCCAUUUCCCCAAAGGGAAUUAUCACCGACGCGUCGAACUAAGUCACCGGCAGAAGAAUGGGUUGUAAAUGCUGCAAGAAGAACAAGAAUAGCGAAGAGCUCACCGAUGUCGAGAGGGCCAUCGAAAUCGUCAUCAACAACUUUCAUUGUUAUGCUGUGAAGGGGCGGAAAGAGGGCCUAACUCCCGGUGAGCUGAAAGACCUGGUCGGGCAGAGGCUGCCGCAUCUAGCAAAGGGUGCCGUCUGUUUGGACGAGAAAAUCGAAUGCCUCGGGGAUGCAGAUGAAGCCAAACUGCAGUUUGGAGAGUACUGGGACAUCAUGGGUGAUGCAGCCAAAGGUUGCCGAGGCCAAAAGAAGUAAGAAGAUCAGAGCCACAAGGCCUAGGACCGUUUACACAGCAAGAACGAGAGACUGUCUACCUUGAUGUUAAUGAGUUGUCAAUGCAGUGUUAAUAUUUUGGGGGGCUCCCUUUCCACGUCUCAGGUUUUGGAGUAUCAGAGAGUUUCUUUCCUUCAAGUCAAGAGUCUUUCAAUUUUACUGCCCAGGUUUUCUACCUGGGCGAAAGCUCCCUUCUUCUAGAUUUUUUUUCUAGAACACCACAGGCAACUAGCCUUCUAGAAUGUCCCUGGUCUAGGUUCCUGACCACUCAACUCCAGAAUGUGAAAUGAAUAGUCGUUUUCAUGACACCACCUCUUGAACCAGAAAGCAUCAUUUUCGCAUGGUCUCAGACCUUUAAUUUCCAGAUUUGGACUCUAUGAUCUUUCAUUUGGCAAGUCAGAGGUUUUUUGUAGAUACUUAACGUUGAAAUUUAGAAAAAUUCUGAGCUUCUACAUCCGUUAAGCAUUGCCUCCUGCAUCUCUGGAUUUCAAAUCCACCCCCUCCCCCACAUUGUAUUUUUUUUCCUUUUUCCAGAUCUGGAGUUGCGAAUCUUAUAAUUAUUUGCUCCAGACUCUGGAAAUGUAAAAUAAUAAAAUUUGAAAAUCUUAAAACCAACCCGGAGCCAAUGGUUUCUCUCUCCCAUAUUUGGAAGCUAUUUGCUGUUCACCUGAACAAUGAAUUGUCUAAUUGCAACUGACUCUUCAUAUGGAGACUAUUCAGGGGGUUGAAGUACCUUCCCCUGUCAGUCUUGUUUUCAGGUUGCUAGUUCACAGAACAGAAGUGGGUUUUGUCCUGCUUUUCUUGUCAUCCAAAUUUACAAAGUGAAUGGCUAUAAAACUUUUCAAUGAAGAUGGGUUUGGAAAGAAAUUUCUGGACUGUCUUUACCAACCACCUUCUGGACUGUGAAUGUGGGGAUGGGGAAGGAUAGAUGCCGUGGAGAUGUGGGGAGGGCAGAUGUGGAAAAGGAAGUGCUCAGAAAUCCUGCGAAUGGAGGGGUAAGAGAGCCAUGAACUUGAAGUAUGCUGAGAAUACAAAUCUUGCUUGGGGCGGACUGAAAGUUAUUUGUUGGUUCCCUCCAGAUAAAGUUGUGUUCCAUCAGGUAUCGUAGUCUGAAAUGCCCGUCAGUUCCACAUUCUAUUUGGCUCUACCCAUCGUCCACCAUUUUCUAACCUGGCUCCACCCUCUAGCCAGAGUAAUUUUGUAAUCAAAAUUUGGCAACCCUAAUUUGUUCCAUGCCCAUUUCUUUAUCUAUUGUGCCUAAGCGCAUUUGAGAGUAAGGGAAGAAUCCUCCUCACUGGAGAGCCAGUUUGGUGUAGUGGUUAAGUGCGCGGACUCUAAUCUGGGAGAACCGGGUUUG